UACUAAGGCUAGGCAACGAGACUUUGGGGUGGCCUUUCGAGACGAACCUGCCAAGAGCCAAAUUUUCAAGAACGCAUCAUGCUUCGUCGUACGGCAAGAGAAAGACGCCAGUUUAUUUAUAAAAGAAAUAAAGAUCUUCAAGAGGCUAAGCUGAAUGAAAAAAGACGCGCAUUGAGACAUGCCUUAGAAAACAAUAAGGAUCUCAACAAGGAUCUUCAAGAAGACACUCAAUUGCAAAAAGAUUACCAAUACGAUGAAAGCAAAGCAGCUCAGGAUGCUGAUUUAGAAAUUGAUGAUGAAUAUUACAGUCUGGGUGAACGAGAACCCAGGGUUUUGGUUACAACAAGUCGUGACCCGUCGUCGCGUCUGGCCCAAUUCGCCAAAGAAAUGCGUCUGUUGAUUCCAAAUUCAUUCCGUUUAAAUCGUGGUAAUAUUGUCGUGGGAAGUUUAGUAGAGGCUGCUCGUGCCAACGAUAUAACUGACAUCGUCCUUUUGCAUGAACAUCGAGGUAUCCCAGAUAGUAUGGUCAUCUCCCAUCUUCCUUAUGGUCCUACUGUUUCUUUCUCUCUUCAUAAUGUUGUUCUUCGUCACGACAUUCCCAAUACGGGUACUAUGUCCGAAGCUUAUCCUCAUCUCAUCCUAGAAAACCUCACCUCAAAGCUGGGCGAACGUGUGAAGAAGGUGUUGUCAGCUUUAUUUCCUCCCGAUCCUAAAGAAUCUUCACCAAGAGUCGUAACUUUUGCCAAUUCAGACGAUUAUAUAAGUUUCCGCCAUCACUUGUACGCGAAGACCGGCCCGAAACAAGUGAUCCUUUCAGAGGCAGGUCCCCGUUUUGAAAUGCGCUUGUACGAAGUUCGACUAGGUACUUUGGAUAUGCUCGACGCCGACGUUGAGUGGAGACUCAAGCCUUAUCAGCGCCACAAGCGUCAAGUUUUAGCCGAGUAAGAGCAUAUGUGUAUUUUCAACGUGGUACGCUUAGGAGUAUAGUUUUUGGUUUUAUUGGGUAUUUGGGUUUUAUUGAUAUCAAAGUCAUUGAAUUAAUUAUAAUUUUACUUGUAUAAUGCGUGUAGAAAAGCCGUAUGAUUGGAUUUUCCGUUCGUGUUUAACUACAGGUCUUUGAUAGACCAUGAAUUUCUUCACCUUCCCUUCCAUCCUUCGAUUAUAUAAUGGAUGUUUCUGUUUCAUAACUAAAACUUAAACAUUGCCCCGUAUCUUGUAA